AAAUAUUCUAAAAGAUGCGUACUUUCCAAUUAUAUAAAAAAGAAACAAACUAUUUUUGGAAAGUUUUACUCUGCUAUUUUUUCUUGAAUAUAAUUUAUUUUUACUUCUUGUAAAAUUUAUAUUUCCCUGUUUGCAUAAUUUCUAAGGAAGUUUCGUAAUCGGAUGGAUGCCCGGAGUAAUAAUGUACAUACUGGUUUGUAAUGAUUGCGUAUUACAAUUAAAUGGGGUGUCAGAGCGCGUCGUAUUCUUCAUCUACGCUAUAAUUAACGGUCUUAUUAUCCUGAAAACUUUGGUAAAUCCCAUUAUUUACGCCGCGCGAAUGCAUGAAAUUAAGCUCGCCAUGAAACGAAUGCACGAUGCCUUCUGCGGAUGGUCAAAGUUCACUAAUUUUACUACCGAUCGAGGAAUUAGUAGAAUAUACAGCAGCGAGGAGAGCAGACAUUCGCAAUCGAAAACUAGUCGAGUAUUUCACAAUAUGAGCGUUCGGAAAACACGAAAUGGAAACACGUACACGUGUGCCGAUUAUAAUAUGCACGAAUACGGUAACACGCCCGUGUAAAACGCGCGAUGUGCAAGUCGUUAAUGCGAAAAUAUUUUUCUACGUACUUCGUCGUCGAAGAAUCAUUUAAAUACAAGCUAAACAAUCGAUAAUAGUAGCCUGCAACAAUAUUGUAAUAGCACAUUGGAAAAGUCGUAUUAUUUGUAUUUUUUUUUACUAUUUCCUCUUCCCCCCCCUCUCUCUUUCUUUCUCUCUCUUUCUUCCUCUAUUUUAAUGCGAUUGUAAUGUAGUUGCUCUCCAAGUCUGUAUGUUAUUGUAGCCACAUUUUUCAUAUUUAUGUAAACGUCUACAUAUUUCACGAAAUUACUUCAUUAAAAUUUUGUAGACGACUUGGAAGUAACACUUCUUGUGAAUCUUGUCGGUAUGUUAGUCGUAUACGUUCAAAGUCAAAUAAAUUUUUAUAUGCAUGUC